AUGGCACUUGCUGUUAGAGAAUGCACACUGGCACUUGUUUUUAUAACCACGUGGCUGUUAAUUAAAGCAAAUUUAGAUGUAUGCCCGGAAGGCGAUGUCACAGCAAUGCCUUCCCAGGAGAUCUCCCUUGGGUCAGCCAUCAAUAUUUCCUGUUCUCUGAAGAACAAUAUCAGUGCUACCAGGUUAAUCCUCUACAAGAACAAGAAAGAAAUUGCUUCUCACCGAGGUGAUUCCAUCAGUGCCCCAGUCACUGAUCUCCCCCUGGGGAAAACCGUGUUUGACUGCAAGCUGGUCUCUGCCAACACGGCCAAGAGACACGUGUGUGGAGUCGAGGUCUCAGUUGGAGUUGUUCCAGAGCAGCCUCAAAACUUGUCUUGUGAACAGAAGGGAGAAAAUGGGACUGUGGCCUGCAUGUGGAGCCCUGGGCGAGACACUCAUCUAAACACCAAUUAUAUGUUACAGUUAAAUGGACCAAAAAAUUUAACUUUGCAGAAGCAUUGCAAUGGGCAUUACUGCAAGCGCCUGGACCUUGAAGCCAGCCUUACCCCUGAGUUACCUGAAUCCAUGUACACAGCCAAGAUCACGGCCACCAAUCGUCUUGGAAAUUCCUCUUCACUUCUGUCUACAUUUACAUUCUCUGACAUAGUGAGGCCUCUCCCUCCAUGGGACAUCAGAAUCAGCUUUCUCAAUGCUUCUUCGAGCAGAUGCACCCUUCAAUGGAAAGAUGAGGGCUGGGUAUUGCUCAAUCGACUUAGAUAUCGGCCCCAUAGCAGCAGGUUCUGGAAUAUGGUUAAUAUCACAAAUGCCCAAAGAAAACAUGAUUUGCUGGAUCUAAAGCCAUUUACAGAAUAUGAAUUUCAGAUUUCCUCUAAACUACAUCUUUAUCAAGGAAGCUGGAGUGAGUGGAGUGAAUCAUUGAGAGUACAAACACCAGAGGCAGAGCCUACUGGAACAUUGGAUGUCUGGUACACGAAGCAAUACAUUGACUACAAUAGACAACAGAUUUCUGUUUUCUGGAAGAAUCUGAGUAUGUCAGAGGCAAGAGGACAAAUGCUGUGCUAUCGAAUAACCUUGCAGGAGGUGACAGGGAAGAAAAUUACACUACAGAACAUCACAAGCCAUACCUCCUGGACAUGGGUCAUUCCCAGAAAUGGGACUUGGACUGUGGCUGUGUCUGCAGUCAACUCGAGAGGAAGUUCCCUGCCCACUCGUAUUGAGAUAACGGACCUGUGCAGCACUGGGUCUCUGACCCCUCACAAGGUCUCUGCAAACUCAGAGGACAUGAAAGACAUUGUGGUGGCCUGGCAGCCUCCCAGAAAUGCUACCUCUGCUGUUCAGGAGUAUGUGGUGGAAUGGAAGUUGCUCCAUCCAGAGGCCAGCAUGCAGUCCCCUCUAAACUGGCUGCGGGUUCCCUCCUACAAUGUGUCAGCUCUGAUCUCAGAAAACAUAAAGCCCUACGUGUGUUAUGAGAUCCGCGUGCAUGCGCUGUCGGAGGGUGGAAGGGGAUGCAGCUGUGUCCAUGGUAGCUCCAAGAACAAAGCACCACUGAGUGGCCCCCACAUCAAUGUCAUCACAGAGGAAAGUGGGGGUGCUCUUGUUUCCUGGAACCACGUCCCAGUCCAAGACCAAAUGGGCUGCAUCCUCCAUUACAGGAUAUACUGGAAGGAGCAAGACGCCAGGUCCCUACCUGAAUUCUGUGAAAUUCCUUACAGCCCCUCCCAAAACUCACUUCCAAUUAAUAAGCUCCAUGCUAGAGUGACCUACGUCCUGUGGAUGACAGCUCUGACAGCCUCUGGUGAAAGUCCCCCAGGAAAUGAGAGGGGAUUUUGUCUACAAGGUAAAGGCACUUGGAAACCCUUUGUGGGAUCAAGCAUUUGCAUUGCCAUUGUCAUCGUGGGCAUCUUCUCCACACAGUACUUCCGGCAAAAGGUGUUUGUUCUCCUUUCGGCCCUCAAACCUCAGUGGUGCAGCACAGAAAUCCCAGAUCCAGCAAACAGCACUUGGGCCAAGAAAUAUCCCAUUGUGGAGGGAAGGAUGCAGCUGCCCAGGGACUGGAUCCCCAUAGCCUGGUGUGCUCCUGAAGAGCCCGAACCCCUGGUCAUCAAUGAAGUUCUUCAAGUGACCCCAAUCUUCCCACACUCACAAUGCACCAACUGGCCAAAAAUGGGGAGAGGUGUGCAAGGUCACUUCACUUCUAAGAAACACAUAGUGUAUAGUGCCUCCAGCCUACCACCUUCAAGAGCUGUUACAGCCGAGACAAGACAGCUAGCAGAUUUGUACAAGGUGCUGGGAAGCAGGGGUCCUGACUCAAGGCCAGGAAACCCAGCCAGUCCCUUGACAGUCCUCCCAGUGGACUACCUACCCAACCAUGAGGGCUACUUACCUUCCAACGUAGAGGAGCUCCCUCCACAGGAGGCACCUCUCACCGACCCUUUGGAAGAAUUGGAGCCACAGCAUAUCUCUCUCUCUAUCUUUGCAUCUCGUUCCCUUCACCCACUCACCUCCUGUGGUGAAAAGCUGACUCUGGAUCAGUUAAAGAUGGGGUGUGACUCCCUCCUACACUAAGUUUAAAAUCUGGAAAGCCAAUGUUGUUUCCAAACCAGCCCAGCAUGCCCCAUCUAUCCACCCCUACUCACCAUCUUUGGUAGCAUCAGCUCUGGCUGUAGCUAGAGGUCAGGCCAGCGAGUUCUUGGCUCUAAGAGCUUGCCUUUCCCAGGGCCUUACAAUUACAUCCUCCAACAUGUAGACCUAGGGAAUGGAACCUGGGAUCCUGGCAACUUCUUAGCUAUACUUACCAGGAAGGGAAAAAGCGACUGGCAGCAGCAAAGAUCCAGAUCAUUCAUACAAUAACUACCUAUAAAGUAUGUACUAUUCAACAGAAUUGAAGGCAUAGAAAUUCUGUCUACAGUCAACAGAGUAGACAAUAUUCACAUUGGCUGUUAAUCCCUUAGUCUGUCUAGCAUGACCAUGGAAAUGAAUUUUUAUAGUGAAUAGCCACACAUGGCUUAUAGCUGCUAUACAGAAUGCAACUCUAGAAGGUGGAUAAAUUAGAAAGCCCUCAAAACAAACAAGAUUAAUAAGAGGUAAAUACAACUCAAGUGUACCAUACACAUUAAUGAAAUAUGAUGAAACCCCUUAUGAUGCACAAUAUGUCAAUAAAAUAUUUUUCAACCAACCUAGUUUUAUGGCUGAGACCUAAGACGCUGGUGAACUCUUAUAUAUAAGGGCAGUUGGGAUGGUCAUGACUAUCUUUAGACACUUUUUCCCCAACUUUCCUAGUUGGUUUCUUCUUAUUUUUUUUGUCAGUUGUGGGGGUUGAACUCAAGGCCUGGUCACUGUAGUGUUUUUGCUCAUAGCUAGAGCUCUACCAUUUUGAGUCACAACUCCAUUUCCAGUUUUUGAGUGGUUAA